AUGAAGCAGUGUGAUCGUGGUCUCUCUCCCCUCGCUCCACCUUUCGCCAUCGGUUCUUCCUCUCUAUCUUUCUCUGCUUCUGAAUCUGAUCCCGAAGAUUCCUUCUGGCGCGAUUUUACUUUUGAUUUCUCCUUCUUGACAUCCGACGACCAGAAGACUGGCCUCGAUGACGAUGCUGAUUCUCUUUCUAAUCCGCGUCGCCAUGCGGAUGCGUCCACUGUUCCUAAAGCGGGAGAAUCGAAGCUAUACGGUUUAGCUGCUAAUGCACGGCCUGUGAAAGACCUGGGAAUAAGAAGAAGUGAAGAUUCUGAUUCGUUUCUCAAGCUCCCAAAUUUUCUUGAGUCUGGCUUGAAGCGUGUCGAUUCCAAGCCUCGAAUUUCUACAGCCGACUCAAAUGUUACCAUGGUCGAGGGACGUUCUCAGCAUUUUCCACCAACAGCAUUGGUUCUUGGAGUUACCAGUAUAACUCCAAUGGCUAAUGAUUCUGUAGCUAAUGAUGAUGGCACUGGUAAUAUUAGAGCAGAGGGACGGUUUCGUUGUGCCAAGGACAAAGAAGCUUGUGUGGGGAAAGUUCUGGUGAGCAAAGAUACCAAUGAAAGCAAAUUUAGUCCUCUCUUCUCCAAAAUGUCGGCGGCGCAGUGUUCGAGCGGUUCUGGUAUUGACAAGCUGGAUCUGUGCAGCGGCAACAGAACUACUGUACUGUCUGAGAAAUCUUCUAUAACUUCUGACCAAGAUGAUGACAUUGAGGUGGAUUCUCCUUGCUGGAGAGGAACACGGUCUCGCAUCAAGUCAUUGAGUUUCAGGCGUUCUACUGAUGAUUUAAAUGUUCUUUAUGGUUUAAAUCCUUUGGCACCUCAGUUUAUACCUUCAAAUGCUAAGAAGAAGCUAGACAAGAAGGUGAAAGAAUCUGAAGAUAAUGCUUCUCCGUCUUUGAAAAGGUCUCUGUCAUCGACCUUUCCACCAUCAUCAGGAGAGUUCAGUGCAACCGAUCCUUAUGAAGCUGGGAUUGAACAAGAUUCCAACAGAAUAGGGAUCCUGUUCCAAGAUGCAGAUGAAAGUUUGGGUUUAGUAUCUCAAGAUAGUGCUUCCAAGACUAUGAGCAAUCAAUUCCAAAUGCCUAAAAAGCUGGAUCCGUUGGCACCAGUUUUUGUUCCUGCCAAUGCAAAACUAAGCGCCAUCGUCUAUGAGAAGCCUGGUGUAGCAGAUCACAUGAUUGCUACUGAGAAAAAUGCUCACUCGGCUUAUGCUCCAAGUUCUUCAGACGAUAUGUUGCUAAAUUGUGUAAAGGCUGAGACCAAUUCUCCAGAGGUCGGCCACAGUUUUCGGAAUCCAUACUCUAAUAAUGUUCGUGAGUCGGGAAACACAUAUUCGUUCAACCCUCGGCUUAGUUCUCAAGUUCAGAUUUCCGAGAAUACAAGAGUGGAUAGUUCGAGCAACAGAACUCAUGGUUCAAAGAAGCUAAAUCCUCUGGCCCCACAGUUCUCGGUAGCAGAUACUAAACCACAAGUAUAUGGCUCUGAUAAACACCAAGCUGCAAAUCAUUUACCGCCCAUGGUGAAUAGUUCCGUUUUGUUAUCUCCAAAUGGCUAUAGUAACCAUAAAGCACAAUCCUCAGUGCAUUUGGAGCCAUCUUCAAUUGAAGUUGGUACAAAGCAGAUGGGAUUUCACCGUCACCGUCCCAACAUAUUACAUGGAAGCUCUUCUCCACAAAUGGAUGUUAAGAAACUGCUUACAACGAUACAUGGACUGUCAGAGUCGCUAACACAUGUACAUGGUUCAGAAACUUUAGACGAGCAAGAUCUUGAUCUCAUCAACUGUACUGUACAGAAUCUCAACUCGUACAUCAAUAACAGCGUACAGGCGACUACUGGGAAUUAUUCAAGCGCUGUACACAGUUCAUGUGGUUUCAGGCCGUUGCCUAAUAUGCCUAAGCAAUCGAUAAGAGACCAUCAGAUACCAAAGGCGAGAAGUAUGAGUGUCAACGCUGAUGUGAGAAGGAAAGAGAAGUACUCCAUGGUGUCAGGAGAAAUUGGAGCAGAUUCUCAAUUUGAAAAUAGCGGCUUUGGCCAGGUUGUAAGGAAUCAUCAUCAAAUAGAAGAGCAAAUCAACCCACAGGUGUACUUCUAUAGAAGUUUAUGGCUAAAGGCUAAAGCAGACAGGUUGAACUUCAAGCGGCUCAAACAGUCAGAAUCACUGAGCUGGAGAAAAUUUUGCUAG